AGAUAAACAUGAAUUAUUAACGCGAAAGCCAUUGUGUCGAAUAUGAAAGUUUCUUUUUUAAAGUGGAAGCAGUGUGGAAGGGCAGAAACCUGUUCAUGUUGAAUGCUUUGGCUGUAGCAAAGUCAAGUCAAAUUCUGGAAAAAAGUAUUCUGAGGUGGCCUAUUGAAUCAUUACAGUUUUGUAUACAGCAACUUGCUGGAACUGUUCUUAUUGGUAAUUUUCUUUUCAGCAAUAAGAUUAUUUAUUUCAACCUAAAAAAAACGCGAAAGCCAUUGUGUCGAAUCACUCGGAACACAGUCAUCACUCCGUCUUUAAAGCUUUCAAAUUUUCUUUAGUUCUCUCAAAUCCAGUAGAGACUACAUUAUUAGUCAUAUUUUCCAUCCAUCUUUGGCACUUGAUUUCAUGGCGUCUUCCUCCUCAUCUGAAAAAUUACAAGAUGCACUCAUGGAGUCUUCCUCCUCAUCAAAAAAGCUAUAUGAUGCAUUCAUCAACCACAGAGGCCCUGACGUGAAACAAACUAUAGCUUUUGCACUUUACGAUUCACUCGAGGAAAAUGGAUUUUGGACAUUUCUUGAUGAAGAAGAAUUACAAUUGGGAGAUUCAAUUCCCUCUGCUAUACAAAAUGCCAUAUACUCUUCUAAAGUGCAAAUCGCCAUCUUCUCACCACGAUAUGCGGAGUCCUCGUGGUGUCUAAAUGAGCUGGUUGACAUGUUGAAAACCAAGGCUCUGUUUAUUCCUGUAUUUUGUGAUGUCAAGCCUUAUGACCUUCGCUACCCUCACAAGGGAGUUUAUAAGGAUGCAUUCGCUGAGCAUGAGGAAAAGGGCAGAUUCAGCAACGAGACGCUUAACGAUUGGAAAGCAGCCCUCCGGUCUUCUUCAGUCAUCUCUGGUUACGAAUUCAGCACAUCUAAUGAUAAUGUGGAGAUGCUGUGUACAAAGAUUGCCUUGGCUGUGCAACAAGCAGUUGGAAAGACAUCUAAGGGCUUCCCAAGAUAUGUGGAAGCUGCAAAAGAUCAGAUAUGUCUUUGUGCAGACUCGUCAGCAUCAACAAGUAGAUCAGCACAGGUGAAGAAAUCGUGUCUUCUGCCCAGAGAUUCACAUCCAGUGGGGAUAGAUUCCAAAGUUGAAGACAUGCUCAGGUUGCUACAAGACCAGAAAAUUCCAGUUAUAGCCGUCGUUGGUAUGGGCGGUUCUGGGAAGACGUUUCUUCUCCAACAUGUCUACAACACGGGGAAAUCAAGGUUUGAAUAUUCUAUUUGGCUCUCUAUUUCCAGAUCUUUUUCUGUCAAGAAUUUGCAACAUGAUAUAGCCUCACACAUAGGUUUAGAAAGUAAAAUUGUGGGAGGCGCCAUAACUGAAGAGAGAGCGGCUGAAUUGAUCCAUGAGCAUCUGAAAGGGAAAAGAUCUCUUAUAGUGCUCGAUGAUCUGUGGACGCUGUCCACAGAAGAUGAUAUCUUGUAUAAACUUGGUCUGCCAGCUCAUAAAGACUGUAAAGUUGUGGUGACCACAAGGAAUAAGGAGGUUGCUCAAAAUUCAAAAGCUCAUGUUUAUGAGAUGAAAAUUUUGUCAGAUGAAGACAGUUGGAAGCUGUUUUGUUUCUACGCAUUUCCUGAUUGUGAAGAAAAUAGUGCGCCACCGGACUUAGAAGAGGUGGGUCGUGAGAUUGUAAAGCAAUGUGGAAAUUUGCCACUGGCUAUCAAAACAACAGCAGCAUCUCUCGUCAACACCGCACGCCUCAGCAAGUGGGAGUCCAAGCGCGAUCAGCUAAAAAAGCCAGCUGUUCCCUUCGGUGGCCAUGACCCUGUGAUGGAUAUAUUAAAAUUGAGUUACGAUUCCUUGCCACAACAUCUUAAACCCUGUUUUGCUUAUCUUUCAUUUUUCCCCGAGGAUGAGGAGAUAGACCCUGAAUACCUGGUAUAUCUAUGGAUUGGGGAGGGAUUCAUCCCAACAGGAGAGGGGCAGUGCGAUACAGCGUGGGAUUGGUUAGAUCAACUUGUCCAGCUGUGUCUGCUUCAACUAUCAGAAGGCCUAGAGUUCAGUAAAUUUACUUCUAUUGGUUAUAAUAAAAGGUUAACCAAACAUUGUAAAAUUCAUGAUUUAUUGCAUGACCUGGCCAUACACAUAUCCAGAGAAAAAAAAUGUGCUUUUUCUGUUGAAGAAGCCGCUACAUAUACAAGUGCUGCCUCUGGCUGGUGUCGGAUUUUACUAGCCAAGAAAGAUAUAAAUCCUAACGACAUUUCAGAGAGUCGUCCUGCUUAUCUCCGAACGCUCUCUCUAUCUCAGAAUAAUGAGAUUAGCAGCAUUCCGGAAAACUUUUUUAGUGCUAUUAGAGGACUGCGUGUUCUGGAUUUGAGCUCUACACGCAUCUAUGCAUUGCCUGCGUCCAUUGGAAAGAUGGUACUUCUUAAGGUCUUAAAUUUAAGGGGUACAGCGAUAGUGGAAGUACCAGAGUGUGUAAGACAUCUGAAAAGUCUCUUGUUUCUUGCUAUGUCUAAUGGAUGCAGAUCACUACCAGUAUGGAUAGGUGAACUUAAAUGUCUUCAGUAUUUAGAAUGUCAACUUGUUUAUCGCAUGCCAAGGGGAAUAUCAAAGCUAGCCUCUUUGAGAGUACUGCGAUCAGAUAUGUUGGCCGCUCUCCAUGGAAGAGGAUGAAUUCUUGAGGUUAGAGGAUUUGGCCAAAAUGACUCGACUUCAGGAACUAUGGUUAUCAGUUAUCCAUGAGAUGCAGUUGAGGAGGAUGGAAGAAGGCAUCCUUGCCCAGCUGGUUAAGAUGUCUCGUUUCGAAACAAAAGCUUGGAUUGGUGAUGGAACGAAGUUUCAACAGUUUCUGGAUAAAAUGAGAGCAAUGAAACAUUUGGAAAUUCUCAGUUUGGAAAGAUUUGCAGUGCCAGGUUGGAUAUGUGAUUUGGUAAAUCUGAGGGAAUUGAACUUAUAUAAGUGUUAUUAUAGUGAUUUUCCGGAGUUUCAAAGAAUGCCCAAUCUAGUGAGCUUGAUUUUGGCUGGGAACGACGGGUGCAGAGAAUUGCCAAAAGCUUUUGUAAAGUCUGGAGGGUUUCCACGCCUCCGCUUCCUCAAAAUUAAUUACUUUACGCAAUUGGAAGAGUUCCCAGGGUUGGAGGAGGGAGCGAUGGCAUGCCUUGAGGAGUUCAGUCUAUCACGUUGUAACAAACUGAGGAAAUUGGGAGAGGGAUUGGAGCGGUUGAAAAGACUGAAGAAUUUCAAUUUUGAAGGGUGGGGAGGUCCGAACUGGGGGAUGGUUCACUUAUGGGAUAUGUUACGGGAAGGCGGAUACUAUUGGAAUAAAAUGAAAGCCAUGAAUCCGCAAGUAACUAUUUACACACGUCUAUUGAAUUUAGUUUAGUUUUAUUAUUAUUGUAACAAUUCAAGAACAAUAUAUAUUAAUAAUAACAAUUAUUAAAUUUAA